UAAAGAGGGGGGAUGGAUGGGAGAAGCAAUAUCAUUGGAGAGAGAGAGAGAGUGAGAGAGGGAGAGUAAGUGAGAGAGAGACAGUGUGUGUGUGUGUGUGUGUGUGUGUGUGGGAGAGAGAAAGAGAGAGAGGGAGAGAAGAGGAUAUUGAAAAGGAAAGGAGGGCACGGCUGAAGAGAGGGAUGCAGGCUGCUGUAUGCUGCUUUUACAGCUCACACUAAGAUGGGACUGCAAGUGGUGAUUUGGGGAGUGGCUGCAGUUUCUCACAGGAGAUCCUGAAGGAGGAUAGUCUAAUGUACCUCGAUCGACCUUAGAUUCUGUGGCUCUAUCAUGCCACUAUGCCAGCCAUGAACAGGCCAGGGUUUCUUACUAAAGCAGGCCUGAGGAGACUUUUAACAGCAGAUGAGGUAUGGACUCUUGGGAGGAAGAGAAGUUUGGGAGAACAUAAUAUCCCAACAGAACAAGAGAUCCUUCAGACAGCAGGGUCCAAAGAUUCAAGUGAUCCAAAAUGUUUCUCAGCAUACAGCCAUUGCAGCAAGCCAUGCCAUAACACCAGCACGGAGAGAAAAGUAAAAAGAGAGGAUGGAAAACCUUCACGUAAGCAAGAAUCAUUGAAGGCAAACUCUAACGGUUACGAGCCUAAGCCUGUGAAAAAGGUCAAGAGCCCUUUGCAAAAAAUUGAUCCUCAUCCAAAGGUGAGCCCAACGAAAAGCAUUGAAAUACACUCAGGAGAAAAAGUCCAUUGGAAGACUCUAAAGGAUGUGCAUCAUUUCACAUCAGAACACAACCAGCCUAGUUGUGGAACAUCUGACAAUGCCCCCAUUGUGUCCUGUUUGUCCUCCGACAUAGAGGAAGAUCUGCCCUAUGAUUUUGAAGACAUACAUGAAAAACCUGGAGAACAAACAGAAACAAGGUUUCAAGAGACAUUGAAGCCACAUUCAUCUUCAUUUGAAAUGACUAUAGACUGUGGUGAGGUAAUAACUGAUAAUCUGACUCUUUAUGUGCAGAACAGCCAUCAGUCACAAAGUGUGGUUUUCAACAAUAACCAUGAGAUUUGUGAUGUGUCCAGGAAGUCAAACACAGCUUAUACUAAGACACAUGAGAUUGAUUUAGUCUCACAGAUCUCUGAAAAUCUGAAGUGGCAGAACAUAAAAGAUCAAAUCAUAGAUAAACCACUUGUUACAAAUUCAGUCCAAGCCUUAAGUAGCGAUAUAAAAAGGACUGACAGCCCAUCCUGUGAUGAUAGCCUUUCUGAGGCAGAAGAUAAAUCAGAACCGUUUUCCCUCCAGAGUGAAGGACUGGUCUGGUCUGAAGAAGAGAAGGAUAUUCAAAGUGAAGAGAAAUCUGAAGCAGGCACCUUUGCUUUAGUCUAUGCUGAGAAGUUUACUGUCAUCCCAGAAUCAACUCCAUACUGCCACCAGUCCAACAUUAAACACUGCGAAGUAUAUCCCUAUGAUAUGCUUCAUAAUGAAAAGCAAAUGACGGCAGAGUCCAACCUGUCAGAGAUCCUCUCUCCUGUAGAUGAGGUCUUGUCAUAUGGAAGUGCUGAGCUUCCUCCAUCACUUAAAGGAGGAGGUGGACCAGGACUAGACAUCAACAGUUUACCACCUCCUCCACCUGCAUUUGAGAUUAUCACAUGGACUAGUGAGGAGGAUAUUCCAGCUCCACCUGACUUUCUUGAAGACACUUCCAUUAAUAGAUAA